CUGACACACUCCGGCGUUCAGAGUAGCAACAUUAGCACUAGCUGAGGAAGGAGCGAACAUAUACUAGCUAGAUAGCCCUCGUGGGUGAACUCACACAUGAAAUACUGUGAAUUUACUUUCAAAGCUUUCAUUAAACAUUAUGUAUUAACUUGUGUUCGCUUGUCGUACUCUCGGCUUGUCAUAUCUAUCUUUUUUUUAAUAUAUGUUCAUGUUUUGCGGGCUCGAGCGCAACGUUAGCUAACGGUAGAAACCAGGCGAAACGUUAGCAGCUAAUACCUGAACCCCGGCGGUUCACCUGUUGUCCGCAUGCACUCUUAUUCAAUUUCCAACAGAGUGUUCAUGUUGCGAUUAUUAAGAAAGUUAUAAAACAUUACUACUAUAGAACUCGCUGCUGUGCCUUCGGUUGGAUCAUUCUAGGCCCACGGGAUGGCUGCUCCUGCGGCUGCAGCCGGACCAAGUACCUCCAAGCGGACAGACAUGUACAGUAAUGAGCAUCGAAACAAAGAGGAUUUGGACAGAAUUGCUGAAGCAAAUGAACUCUAUGAUGCUGUACUGACUGGCUCAGUGGAUCAGUACCAGAACGUCACUAAAAGUGUUGCAUCUGAGGAGAAUUCAGCUAAAGAGGAGGCACAAUUAACAGAAGGACAAACUCAGAAAGGAGGGAAUUCAGAGAAGAGACUGUCAUUAUAUUUUGGAAAUUUCCCCUGGUGGACAUCUGACAAAGACAUCACAGGAUUGGCCCAAAACUUGGGUGUGAGGGACAUCAGAGAGAUCAAAUUUGCUGAGAACAGAGUUAAUGGCCAGUCAAGAGGCUAUGCAGAGGUGGUGGUGACCUCAGAAGAGUCAUUCAAAAUAUUGUUGGAAAAAAUACCGCAAUGUAAACUGAAUGGGGAAAAGCUUGACUGUCGCUUUGCCACUCGACAGAACCUCACUGUGUUUGAGGACAUAGCAAAUAAACGUAUGCCCCUUCGCGUGAAUUCCAAAGAUUCCAAGGACGAUGCUUCAGAAAAGAUUCCUUCAUUAUUAUCACAGGAGCCCAUCCCUCCCCCUAUACCUCCACUUUUUCGACCACAUUCGCAUCCACACGUGUUUCCCUCAUUACCCAGCCCUUUCCUCGGUCACCCUCAUCCUCAUCCUCAUCCUCACUUCCCACAUAUGCUUCCAAACGUCCCACCACCCAUGCCACCCCCUUUAUUCCCUCCUCAUCCACCCCACAUUCAUAGCCAACCACCUCCUAGUCUACAUUUAAAUCCAGCUUUCUUCCCCCCGGGACAAGACGGGCACAGCAGCAAAGCUUACAGCCAACAAAAACAGACACCUCAAAGUACAGAUGGAGAUUUUGAGGAGCUGAUGAACAGAAAUAGAGCCGUUGCCAGCAGUGCCAUCUCCAAGGCUGUGUCUGGAGCAACAGCUGGAGACCUGCGGGUAGCAAUGGAGACUCUGUUGACUGCCAUUGCCAUCAUUAAGCAGUCCAGAGUGUAUGGAGAUGAACGCUGUCAAGCCCUGGUCACCUCACUCAAAGACUGUCUAGUCUCUAUCCAGGGCAACUGUGGCUACAGGAGCAGCAGUCGUUCGGGGGACAAAGGAAGAGACCGCGACCGGGGUCGUGACAGGGAGCGAGAGCGUGAUAGAGUACGGGACCAAGAAGAUUCCUCUGGCUGGGAAAGUGCGGGAAUGUCUCGAAGACACAGAGAACGUUCCUGGAGUGGAGAGAAAGACAAGGAGCGCUCGCGGGAACGGGAAAGGCACAGAGAUCAUAGAGACCGAGACAGAGAUCGAUACCGCUGACUCGACAUGUCAUAAAGCAGAGCGAAGACAGGACUUUUUGUUUCUGCGUCAAGCUGUAUAAAAUUCUGGAGGACUCUAAGGUGAGACUGAAGAUGAAUCUCCAAGAAGUUAUAUACUUUUUGUGUUCUUCAGUCAUCUGUACAGACUAGAACUUUUUCUUGUUUUAAGAACAAAUGUAAUAGGUUUAGGGUUAUGUAGAUUUGUUGCUGGGACAUCAGUCAAACACUUGCAUGCAUAAGAACAUCAUAGUAACUUAUGUAAUAUACAGUUAACAUGUUCAUCUUUCUUUUGUAAUAAAUCUGCAAAUUAAAUAACAUUUCCUGAAAAUA